AUGUAAUAAACUGUCUCACUUAUUGCUGGAAUGACUAAAGUCUUUAAUUCUGCUAAUAUUACACAACAGUAUUCAGAUGUCUCUAAAUCUGAGAAAGAGAACUCUAAAGGUGCUAAACAAAAUAAGAAUCACAUCUAAGAAUUAACAAACCAAAAUAGUUUUAAAGAAAAUGACAAGGAAAAUGUUCUAAUUCAGAACCAAAUUUCAAGGAAAUGA